CAACUUUAAAAUAAAAUAUCAACAUAGAAAACGUCGUCUCAACAUUUAGUUCUCACAUAAACUUGCAAGCUUUUUUACAUGACUCGAAUAGCGUUCAAAGGCGGAAAUUAAUGGCGGCCGGAUUUAAAAAGCGAAUCUGUCAUAUUCGCGUCAGCUGUCAAAACAAGUCGCGAGGUGCGGUUGAUGGCUGAUGGCGUUGGCGUAACGAGAGCACACCACACCGAGGCGGCACGGCUGAAACAAGGCAUGAGUAACGCGUGACAGUGGAGUUUCUCUCGCGGGCGAGGCUCGCGGCGGCAUCACACGCAUCAGGAUCCUGUACCAUGCGAGGAGCGGAGUGCACCAACGGAUAUGGCGGCGCGUCACCUGAACACGCGUCAGCCAGCGAUAGCGAAGGCGAGGAAGCGAGCGCCGGCUCCGGCGGCGAAGGAACCGUAGAACUACUCGCCGAGGACUUGGAACUACCGGCGCGCGCCCUCGCCUCGCUCAACGCGCUACGCAAGUCACGACAGCACUUCGACGUCCUACUCGUUGCUGGGGGCGAAGAAACGCCCGCACACAAGGCAGUACUUGCUGCGGCGUCACCGUACCUUCUAGAAACUUUAGCUGAACCGCUGCAUCGUGUAGCGGAGGUUGACGCGGCGUCGUUACGUGCGUUAGUCGAAUGGGCGUACACAGGGCGAUUAGUCGCAUCUGCUGGCGCUCCAGCGCGGAAACUAUACGAAGCUGCAUGGCGUCUGAGAGUAGAAGGAGCAAGAUUGGCGUUAGCGGAGAGGCUUGUGCGGCGAGCGACGCCGCAGGAUGCGCUAGACUUGAGAGCAUUGCCGGAUUUACCGCCGCAGCACAGGCAUCAUCUUGACACGUUUAUUGCUGCACAUUUCGACGAGAUCUGCGCCUCCGGCGCGCUAGCGGCCCUCCCAUCAGUAACCGCGGAGCUUCUCCGCGAGUCGUCAGCCGAAGACGGCGGCGAGGCCCCGCGCGCCGUCGCCGACGCGGCGCUCGUGUGGCUGAGGGAACGACCGCUAGAUGAGGAGUUAUACUCCAGGACACAUCUAUUGUUCGUGGAUGGAGGGGGAGAGUUGAGGGAUUGUGGGGAGCUGCCGGCCGCGAGGACUGAUGGGCCUGAGCUGCAGGAAUAUCGGCGUGAGGCCGUGGAGCGGCGCCGCCGCUCGCCGGGCUCGGGCGCGCCGCCGCCGCGGCCGCUGGCGGGCGGCGAGCUGGGCGGGCGCGAGCGCGCGCGCGGCGCGGGCGGCGACUGCGCCGUGCUGGCGGCGCGCGCGCUGGGCCCGCGCGCCACGCAGGCGCUGCUGGCCGUGCGCGGCCGCCUGCUGGCCGCGCGCGUGGCCUGGCGCCCGGCCGGCGGGCCCGUCGCGCGCGGCGGCAAGCUCGGACAUACGCAGGACGCCCCGCCGGAGCCCGACGGCGAGCGGCGAGCGGAGCUGGCGGGCGGGCGCUGCGCGCACGGCGCCGCCGCGCUCGCCCAGCGACUGAUAGUUUGUGGCGGUUACGACCGCGCGCGCGUGCUGCGCAACUGCGAGGCGUACUGCCCGGCCAGCAACGCGUGGGCGCCGCUGGCCGCCAUGCGCGGCGCGCGCGCGCGCUUCCCGGCCGCCGCGCUGGCCGGCCGCCUGUACGCGCUGGGCGGCUCCGACGGACACAACGAGCUGGACUCCGUCGACGCCUUUGAAGAGGGCGGCGAGUCCGGGCUCGGCAAGUGGGUGCCGUGCGCGCGGCUGCCGGGCGCGCGCUCGCACGCGGCCGCCGCCGCCGACCGCGCGCGCGACAAGCUCUACGUCGUGGGCGGCUGGGCCGGCGGCCGCAGCCUCAAGGCCGUGCACAGAUACGACCCCGCGUCGGACUCGUGGUCGGACGCGCGGCCGCUGACGACGGGCCGCUCGCAGUGCUGCGCCGUGCCGUGGCGCGGCUCGCUGUGGGCGCUCGGCGGCUGCGACGCCUGGCGCUGUCUCGCUUCCACGGAGCUGCUGUCGCUGGAGGACCCCGAGGCCGGCUGGACCCCCGGGCCGCCGCUGCCGUCGGCGCGGCGCUCGAUGGGCGGCUGCGCGUGGCGCGGGCGGCUGGUGCUGGCGGGCGGCUCCGACGGCGCGGCCUCGCUGCGGCGCGUGGACUGGCUGCUGCCGGCCGCCGAGCCUGCAGGAGGCACGUGGCAAGCGGGCCCGCCGCUGCGGCGCGCGCGCGCCGGGCUGGGGCUGGCCGAGCUGGGCGGCGCGCUGUACGCGGCCGGCGGCUUCUCCGGCCGGGAGUUCCUGGCCUGCGUGGAGUGGCUGCCCGCGCCCGACGCCGACUGGACCAUGCUGGCCGACCCGCCCGCGGUAUGUACUGGCCGAGCUGGGCGGCGCGCUGUACGCGGCCGGCGGCUUCUCCGGCCGGGAGUUCCUGGCCUGCGUGGAGUGGCUGCCCGCGCCCGACGCCGACUGGACCAUGCUGGCCGACCCGCCCGCGGUAUGUACUGGCCGAGCUGGGCGGCGCGCUGUACGCGGCCGGCGGCUUCUCCGGCCGGGAGUUCCUGGCCUGCGUGGAGUGGCUGCCCGCGCCCGACGCCGACUGGACCAUGCUGGCCGACCCGCCCGCGGUAUGUACUGGCCGAGCUGGGCGGCGCGCUGUACGCGGCCGGCGGCUUCUCCGGCCGGGAGUUCCUGGCCUGCGUGGAGUGGCUGCCCGCGCCCGACGCCGACUGGACCAUGCUGGCCGACCCGCCCGCGGUAUGUACUGGCCGAGCUGGGCGGCGCGCUGUACGCGGCCGGCGGCUUCUCCGGCCGGGAGUUCCUGGCCUGCGUGGAGUGGCUGCCCGCGCCCGACGCCGACUGGACCAUGCUGGCCGACCCGCCCGCGGUAUGUACUGGCCGAGCUGGGCGGCGCGCUGUACGCGGCCGGCGGCUUCUCCGGCCGGGAGUUCCUGGCCUGCGUGGAGUGGCUGCCCGCGCCCGACGCCGACUGGACCAUGCUGGCCGACCCGCCCGCGGUAUGUACUGGCCGAGCUGGGCGGCGCGCUGUACGCGGCCGGCGGCUUCUCCGGCCGGGAGUUCCUGGCCUGCGUGGAGUGGCUGCCCGCGCCCGACGCCGACUGGACCAUGCUGGCCGACCCGCCCGCGGUAUGUACUGGCCGAGCUGGGCGGCGCGCUGUACGCGGCCGGCGGCUUCUCCGGCCGGGAGUUCCUGGCCUGCGUGGAGUGGCUGCCCGCGCCCGACGCCGACUGGACCAUGCUGGCCGACCCGCCCGCGGUAUGUACUGGCCGAGCUGGGCGGCGCGCUGUACGCGGCCGGCGGCUUCUCCGGCCGGGAGUUCCUGGCCUGCGUGGAGUGGCUGCCCGCGCCCGACGCCGACUGGACCAUGCUGGCCGACCCGCCCGCGGUAUGUACUGGCCGAGCUGGGCGGCGCGCUGUACGCGGCCGGCGGCUUCUCCGGCCGGGAGUUCCUGGCCUGCGUGGAGUGGCUGCCCGCGCCCGACGCCGACUGGACCAUGCUGGCCGACCCGCCCGCGGUAUGUACUGGCCGAGCUGGGCGGCGCGCUGUACGCGGCCGGCGGCUUCUCCGGCCGGGAGUUCCUGGCCUGCGUGGAGUGGCUGCCCGCGCCCGACGCCGACUGGACCAUGCUGGCCGACCCGCCCGCGGUAUGUACUGGCCGAGCUGGGCGGCGCGCUGUACGCGGCCGGCGGCUUCUCCGGCCGGGAGUUCCUGGCCUGCGUGGAGUGGCUGCCCGCGCCCGACGCCGACUGGACCAUGCUGGCCGACCCGCCCGCGGUAUGUACUGGCCGAGCUGGGCGGCGCGCUGUACGCGGCCGGCGGCUUCUCCGGCCGGGAGUUCCUGGCCUGCGUGGAGUGGCUGCCCGCGCCCGACGCCGACUGGACCAUGCUGGCCGACCCGCCCGCGGUAUGUACUGGCCGAGCUGGGCGGCGCGCUGUACGCGGCCGGCGGCUUCUCCGGCCGGGAGUUCCUGGCCUGCGUGGAGUGGCUGCCCGCGCCCGACGCCGACUGGACCAUGCUGGCCGACCCGCCCGCGGUAUGUACUGGCCGAGCUGGGCGGCGCGCUGUACGCGGCCGGCGGCUUCUCCGGCCGGGAGUUCCUGGCCUGCGUGGAGUGGCUGCCCGCGCCCGACGCCGACUGGACCAUGCUGGCCGACCCGCCCGCGGUAUGUACUGGCCGAGCUGGGCGGCGCGCUGUACGCGGCCGGCGGCUUCUCCGGCCGGGAGUUCCUGGCCUGCGUGGAGUGGCUGCCCGCGCCCGACGCCGACUGGACCAUGCUGGCCGACCCGCCCGCGGUAUGUACUGGCCGAGCUGGGCGGCGCGCUGUACGCGGCCGGCGGCUUCUCCGGCCGGGAGUUCCUGGCCUGCGUGGAGUGGCUGCCCGCGCCCGACGCCGACUGGACCAUGCUGGCCGACCCGCCCGCGGUAUGUACUGGCCGAGCUGGGCGGCGCGCUGUACGCGGCCGGCGGCUUCUCCGGCCGGGAGUUCCUGGCCUGCGUGGAGUGGCUGCCCGCGCCCGACGCCGACUGGACCAUGCUGGCCGACCCGCCCGCGGUGGCGCGCACGCUGAGCGAGCCGAACCCGCCCAGCGAGUCGCCGCCGCCCGUGUGCCGCGCUCUCAGCGAGCAGCACCCGCCGGGCGGGGCCGACCGGCCCGAAGAAAACGGACAGAACGAAGCGAGCGCGCAUAACUAGCCAUCGUGCCGUCCUUCUCACUGCAGUAACGAGUGACGGAGACGACGCAAAAACACGCUUCCGCAUCAAGCAAUGAGUAUUAUUAGGAUCCUCUCUAUAUCAUAGACAAUUGAGUUAUUGUAUGAUACGAAGAUUUUGGAUAUGGUUUUGACAGUACAACUAAAGUCGUCAUAUUUUUUUAAAAUAUUAAUAAUAUUACGCGAAACUGCGUAGAGGGCGCUACUAGCACAAAUGCGCUCUUACGUAUUCGAGAGAUAGAGAGGCAGAUACCGAUAUUUUGAUUUUCUCAUUUCGCGGUAGACUCUCUCUAAACAUACAAACAAACCGCCUUGAUGCAUCAGUCAUAGUGAAAACUUGUCAAAAAACUAUUUAAGGCAUAUGCCGACAUACUUUUAUGUAUAAGUUAAUAUGGUUUACAAUAUGUGCUAGUGCUGCACCCUGACGGCAAACCAUUUUUUUUUUUCAAAGGCACAUAUAAUCAAUUUUAAAGUUACUCGCCAAACUGCUUAUGCGGUAUGUUGGCGAGACAGCGCUCAUUUUUUACAUUUCUGUGCACCUAAAAAGGUACCGUACUUAACCCCUUACCGCAUAUGCAACCUAUAUAAUAUGGCUGAUAUAAUCUUCUACUCUAUUGACAGCUAUUUAAGUUCAAAUUUAAAACUAUAUUUUUUUAUGACACGUUAAGGGAUUAAGUUGCUAUCAUUCUAUGCUUACCCUAAAUUAUACAAGUACAUAAUUUUAUCAGUAAUAUUCAUUGCAGUAAUCUGGAAAUCCAUUUUUACAAGCUUUUAUUUAACUUGCAUUGUAUGUAUGUACGGGUCAAAUCUUACAAGACAAAUUUGAUCCACUUUCCGAUUUCCGAUGAAGCUGAAAAUUUUCAUGCAUAUGUAUGUCGGGUGACAAUACAAUAUUAUGGUGCCAUCGAGCUGAUCUGAUGAUGGAGACAGGAGGUGGCUAUAGGAACUCUGUGAUAAAACAACGCAACCUAAUUGUGUUUUGCGUUUUUAGAAUUGGCUCGAUGAGUAUUAGUUGCCUGUUAAGAAAAGUACAGUCAGCGAUAAAAGCUUGUAACAAAAAUGACUUUUUUGUCAAAAACGUAUAUUUAUUUAUAUAAAACAUUCUUACGCAAAUUGACUAAGCUCCACGGUAAGCUCAAGAAGGCUUGUGUUGUGGGUACUCAGACAACGAUAUAGGUAUAUAAUACCUACAUAAAUAUUUAAAUACAUAGAAAACAUUAACUGUUAAUACAAUCAAACAUCUAAUACAAGACACAAAAUCUAAUUCGAUUUGGUUAAAGUCUUUGAGAGUUCAGUAAAAGCAUAAAAUUCGGUACCAUCUAGUUCAGGUUUAAAAGUAACCGCCACGAAAAAGAUUCUGUCUAUGGUAACUCAGUUGUCUGUACUCACUUAAAGUAUCGUUAUUUUCGCAUAGUUUUUAAAAUUACCUACUCUGUUCCACAGACAACUUUUCUAAUAGACAUGAAUUCGUCCUAACUCCGGCAAUUGUCAUACAGCUACAGAUAGAUAUACACAGCUAAAUAAUAUGGCAGUGCCAUCUAUACUCUGUAUCUUUAGGUAUUUAAAUAAAAGUAAACAAACAAUUUGUAAAUUUUCGGGUACUUAUAACAUUUAUUGGUUAACCAACCAAAUACAAGACCGCCUGGAUCUAUCACUGAACGAGCUGACUUUAACCUACAUUAUUUGAUCAUUUAAUGUUUUCAUCUACCCUCAACUGGCUUAAGGAGCCUUUUGAGGGUAGAUUUUGUUUACUUUUAUUUAAAUACCUAAAGAAACAGAGAUAGUGAAAAUAUUCUAAUGAUGGUUCAAACCUUACUCGACCUUCCAUGUCUAAUAUAUCAGUUGUUCAAUAACACAUGUUAUAUUUUCUGGAAUAUUUGAGACUGGGAAUUAUGCGAAAAGAUGAUAUUAUGUGAAACGAGGGGCACCCGUAUUAUUAAUGUUUUAGAAUAAUUUAUUGUGAUCGCGACUUAGUGAAAUUGACCUCUACCUCAAAAUUAUUCGCGAGACGAAGCCUUUAUAAGCGAUUCCCAAAAAAAGUGUACAUAUGAAGAAUUUCAUUUUCUGUGAUUUUUCUUCUCAUGAUAGUUAGCACUAUUGAUUUUAAUGAAAUAUAAGAAUCCAUUCCAGAUUGACACGUUUUUAUAUGCAUUUUAGCCGAUAUUUUACAUACACAAUCUGGUACUAAUAGGAAGAAAGUGGAGUAAGAAAAAUCUCCAAAUUAGCUAAAAAUAUACACUUUUUUUCGGAAAAUGCCCUCACGCGUUUUAAAUUCGUUAGAAAUUAGUGUGCGCGUAGCUAUGUAUUACCUACGUAUAUUAUACACGCGUUAGACGCCAUGUAAAUCCGGUCUUAUGUACACAUGGCUUUGCUAUGUAUUUUUUUUAAUGUACCGGUUUUCACUGUUGUAUUUGUCGCAUCAGACUGCGUGCUAGAGCCUCUUGGUGUUGUACACGUUUUUAGUACUAUUUUAAACGUCGUAUCAUAGAUUACAUUCGUUUUAAAAGACCAAUGAAUUAUAUUUAUUUUAAUUGCAUAUUAUAGGGAUGUUUUCACAAAAUGUAUUGUAUAUGGAAUUAUCGAAUGUCAUCUUUUUAAUUGUCACUAGGGGCCUAUCGUAUAAAACAUGAGUAAGAUUAUGUGUUGAUGCAUAUCUAAAUUAUCCUAUGAUAAAAAAGUGUAGUGCAAUAAACUUGGGACACUUUGUCUGUCAAUAAUUUAUUCAGCGCUGUCUGUACACUGAUUUGAAAUAUUUAAAAGAUGAAUAUAUUGUAUAUUCAUCGACACAGGGCGUAAGAUCGCUCGGAGAUAUUGUAUUUUAGUAACUUGCACAGUAUGGGCAGGUCCAUGCAUUUAUAUAGCGAGUAACGUAAAGGUGAAUUGAAUGAUUCACGGUGAGUUUCACUAGACUUAAAUCGACCAGGAUAUGAACCGUGAUUACCUUUUAUAUUGUUCUUAUAGGGAGCGUGCAUGAACUGUAGGAGGCAGCACAGGAGCCGUCAGAUUUUUGGCGCGAGGCGUAAAUGUGAUGUUUAUUGUUCCGAUGUAGCCCACAAGAUGGCAGAACCUACUAUACACAAGAAAACACUUGACGUGUAAAUGUGCCUGUGUAUGGUUCCGAUUCAGACCACAAGAUGGCAGACCCUCCAACGCGCACGGUCCCUAUUGAGGUCCCAAUAUUUCGACGCAGCUACAUGCAUCUUGUUCGGGGGAUCGGGAGCUCAGUUAGAACAAUAUAAAAGGUAAUCACGGUUUAUAUCAACGAUUUAAGUCUAACGUAAAGGUGCGUCCAGAUCUGGUAGAAGUUCGCGAAUCAUUCGCGCUCUGCACGCGCUAUACCUCGAACUACAUAAACACUUCUGGUUUGUAAGAUCUGGACGGAUCCGUCAAGGUACCUUGUGGCUACUAGUUAGCACUCUAUGUUAGUAAUGUGGAAUAGUGUUUAUAUGAUAAAGCAGAGUUGAUUGUAGAAGAUAUGUAAGGAGAUAUCUAGUACAGACGCGAUCAAACAUACCGGAGCGUAUAAGAUGCUCACAAGUAUAUAGUACACGCCUCUAUCGUCAAGGCGUUAAUGCAUCAGAUAUUUUUGAGCCCCUCGGCCGCUCCGAUAUAUCUAAUGGCACUGUACAAUCAAUUAAUCUUUAAUAGAGGUAUAGCAUGCGUCAAAAGACACUAAUUAAGUUAAUUUCCAGUUUAUUGUAUAUUAUAAGAGGCGGGUGGUGGGAUGGAGCUCCACGGAGCGGCAUUUUGUUUCUGUUUAACUGAAUAAACUGCAUUUAACAGCAUUACUAAA